AUGCCCGUGUUGGUUGGCUCUAUGGCGAGCAUCACUGAGCUCAAUGAGCGCCUGACACAAGCGGGUGAGGACAAGAUUGAUAUUGAACGGUUCCGCCCCAACAUCAUCAUCCGCGGCAGCACCCCAUGGAACGAAGACGGCUGGAAAUCGCUACGGAUCAACGAGGACAAACAGCCUCUUGACAUGGACGUGGUAUGCCGCUGUCUGCGAUGCCACGUACCCAAUGUCGACCCAGACACAGCUGAGAAGCACCCACGACAGCCCUGGAACCAGCUGAUGAAGUAUCGAAGAAUCGACCCGGGACUCAAGUUCAAGCCGAGCUUUGGCAUGCUCUGCGCACCGAAGACCGAGGGGACGAUCGAGGUUGGGAUGAAGUUUCGGGCUACGGCCAUGACAAACGACCACUUUUUUCUCAGUCCUAUGAAGUGA